AUGUUUGUCAUCCAUUCCAGGGGCGGCUCAAGCGUGAAGUGUUUGGAUCUGUUUAAAAUUUUGAGUUUUCCAUUUGACUCACUGUGUCAAGCAAGCAAGCAGGAGCCCACUAGGCCAUACUGCCUUUGUUGUCUCCUCUCGUUAGAUUUAAAAACCCUAUCUCGCCACAUCUCUAUCCUGCCUAUCAAGUUCUUGCGCUCUCGUGUCGUCUUCUCUCUCACGAAUACAACACAUACAACAAAAGGAAAGAAAGAAGGAGAAAGCAUGUUGGACAUAAAUCUAUUUAGGGAGGAAAAGGGCAACAACCCGGAAAUUAUACGCGAGUCUCAACAUCAACGGUUUGCAGAUGUAGAGAUUGUUGAUGAAAUUAUUCAUCUUGACAAGGAGUGGCGGCAACGUCAAUAUAAGCUUGAACAGCUGCUCAAAGUCUUUAACAAUAUCAACAAAGAAGUGGCUAAACUUAGCAUUGCCGGGGAAGAUGCAAGUUCCAAGAUUAAAAAUACAGAGGAAAUCAAGGACUCAAUUGCAAAGAAAGGUGCUAAGGUUCAGGAGGCCCGUGCAGCAUUAUAUUCAAAAUUGAGCAUGGUUGGGAAUUUUGUGCAUGAUUCAGUUCCUGUUAGCAAUGACAAGGCAAACAAUGUUGUUGUCCGGACAUGGGGAGAGAAAAGAACGGAGCCAAAACUAAAAAAUCAUGUCGAGCUUAUGGAACUUCUUGGAAUUGCUGAUCUAGAAAAUGGCGCUAAGAUAGCUGGCAAGGGUGGCUUUUGUUUGUUAGGCGAUGGUUUGCAUCUAAAUCUAGCUCUUAUAAAGUUUGGUCUUGAUUUUCUGGAGGAAAGGGGUUUCACAUCAUUACAAACUCCAUCGUUUAUGACGGAAAAUAUAAUGGGAAAGUGUGCUCAUUCAGUCCAGUUUGAUAAAGAACUUUACAAGGUGACAGGUGAGGGUAAGGAUAAGUAUCUGAUUGAUACCACUGCACAACCACUUUGUGCUUAUAACAUAGAUGGCCGGGUUCAUCCAACAGAGCUACCAAUAAGACAGGUGGGAUAUGCAACUUGUUUCUGGAAAGAUGCUGGCUCAGAUGGAAUAUUCGAUGCUUCUCAGUGUGAGAAAGUUGAACAGUUGUGCAUCACCAGCCCAAAUGGCAAUGACUCAUGGGACAUGCAUGAGGAGAUGAUCAAAAACUCUGAGGAGUUCUAUCAAAUGUUGAAAUUGCCAUAUCGUAUAAUGUCUGUAGUCUCUGGUGCCCUAAAUAAUGCUGCAGCAAAGACGUAUGAUUUGGAAGCAUGGUUUCCUGCUUAUAAUAAUUACAGACAGUUGUUGUCGUGUUCAAACUGCACUGAUUACCAAUCGAGAAAGUUGGAGCUCAGAUUUGGGCAGAAAACGAGCAAUGAACAAACAAAGCAAUACUGCCAUUUAUUGAAUUGCACACUCACAGAAGCAGAGAAAACCAUGUGUUGCAUUCUUGAGAAUUACCAAAGGGAGGAUGGUGUUGAAGUGCCCCAAGUGUUACAGCCUUAUAUGGGUGGGAAGACGUUCAUGCCUUUUCAAGCUCCUCCUGCUGAUAAAGAAACAAAAGCUACUCAGACUCAGAACGGAAAUUUUGUGCAGCCCACAGAAGGAGAGAAAGAAGGAGAAAGCAUGUUGGACAUAAAUCUAUUUUGGGAGGAAAGGGGCACCAACCCAGAAAUUAUACGCGAAUCUCAACGCCGCAGGUUUACAGAAAUUGGUGAUGAAAUUAUUCAUCUUGACAAGGAGUGGAGGCAACGUCAAACUGAGCUCGCACAGUUGCAUCAAGACUUGCCCAGGACUGCUGGGGAAGAGGAAACCAAGGACCUAAUUGCAAAGAAAGUUGUAGAGGUUCAGGAAGCCCGUUCAGCAUUAUGUUCAAAAUUGAGCAAGGUUGGAAAUCUUGUGCAUGAUUCAGUUCCUGUUAGCAAUGAUGAGGCAAAUAAUGUUGUUGUCCGGACUUGGGGAGAGAAAAGAACGGAGCCAAAACUAAAAAAUCAUGUCGAGCUUGUGGAGCUUCUUGGAAUUGCUGAUCUAGAAAAAGGUGUUAAGGUAGCUGGUGGUAGAGGGUAUUGUUUGAAAGGUGCUGGUUUGCAUUUAAAUCAUGCUCUUAUAAAGUUUGGUUGUAUUUUUCUUGAGAAAAGGGGUUUCAAGUCGAUUAAAACUCCAUUCUUUAUGGUGCAUGAUAUAAUGGAAAAGUGCGCUCAAUUAACCCAAUUUAACGAAGAACUUUACAAGGUAACAGGUGAGGGAGACGAUAAGUAUCUGAUUGCUACUGCUGAACAACCGCUUUGUGCUUAUAACAUAGAUAAAUGGAUUCAUCCACAACAGCUACCACUAAGAUAUGCUGGAUAUUCAUCUUGCUUCCGGAAAGAAGCUGGCUCACAUGGUCAUGACACUCGUGGACUCUUCCAUGUUCAUGAGUUUCAGAAAGUUGAACAGUUCUGCAUCACCAGCCCAAAUGGAAAUGACUCGUGGGACAUGCAUGAGGAGAUGAUAAAAAACUCUGAGGAGUUUUAUCAAAUGUUGAAAUUACCGUAUCGUGUGGUCUCUAUAGUCUCUGGUGAACUAAAUGAUGCUGCAGCAAAGAAGUAUGACUUGGAAGCAUGGUUCCCCGCAUCCAGCACUUACAGAGAACUUGUGUCUUGUUCAAAUUGCACUGAUUAUCAGUCGAGAAAGUUGGAGAUCAGAUUUGGGGAGAAAAAGAGCAAUGAACAAACAAUGCAAUAUUGCCAUUUAUUGAAUUCUACACUCACAGCAACAGAGAGGACUAUCUGUUGCAUUCUUGAGAAUUACCAAAGGGAAGAUGGUGUUGAAGUGCCUCAAGUGUUACAGCCGUUUAUGGGUGGGAAGAAAUUCAUCCCUUUCCAAGCUCCUCUUGUUAAAGCAACAAAAGGAAAGAAAUCAAAGUAGUUGCUUGAAAGUGUGUUACUACUUUCUUAUUGGUUCAACAAAUUAAUACUUAAUUUCUAUGGUUUUUUUUAGAUGAUAGAUUUUUUUUUUAUUCUUAUUGA